AUAGCAUUCCUAAACAAUAUUGAUCAGUGAGCGUCACAAUCCUAGCCUCCGCAAUGCUAUGCGGUCGCAUAUAAGUCGGCCACGCGCUCGUUUUUGGAUAGGAUAGUUUUGCGAAUCAUCAUGUGCAUCACUUCUGAAGAAUAGUGUCACCAGCUAGUCGUUCGUUAUGCAUGCACUAUUCACUAUCCUUUCGGUCAUUACGCUCAUUGCAGCGGCCAAUGGCCAAGCAGUCUACCAGCCCUGCCCUAUCCUUCGAGCAUACUACCCAGCGCCGACUAUAGACAAGAACUCGAAAACAAUCCAAUCAUUUACACAAGACUUUACAGAUCUCUUCGAUCAGCUCAUAGCAGUUGGAGGAAGCGAGGAUUUCGGCCCCAUUACACCCAACACCACCUCCUUCUCCGUGAUUUUGUUCUCGGGAGCAGAGAAUGCUGAAGAAGACCCUGUGUUCUUCGAAUACCAGCAUACGGCCAUCGAGUCGCAGGAAGCUGAGAAUGUUACCAAUAAUACGGUGUUCCCCGUUGGGACUUUGACGCAGCUCUUCACCGUGUACACUUGGCUGGCUGAGAUCGGAGACGAGUCCUGGGAUGCGCCCAUUACGCAAUUCCUACCAGAAAUCACUGCAGCAGCCAGUAUAUCUUCCGACUUCAGCGUCAACUGGGAUAAGGUCACUGUCGGUAGUUUGGCUGGUCAUAUCUCUGGGAUUGCGCGAGACUCUCAUGCGUGCACUAUCGGAACCUCCUGCGACAAGCAGAAAUUCCUCGAUGCAUUUGCCUCAAAACCAGCUGUCUUCCUCCCAGACACCACGCCCAUGAUUUCGAACGCAGCAUUCCAACUCCUCGCCUUCGCCCUCGAAUCCCAAACCUCCACUUCCUUCUGCAAUACCCUAUCAAGCUCCAUCCUCAACCCGCUAAACAUGAGCCAAACAGGCCUUCUGAGCAAUAACAACAAAAACAUCACCACCACCACCACCAACCCCAAAAUUUUCGGUAACUACAUCGAUUCCUCGAUGUCCGGUGAACAACCCUCUCUCUCUCUCUACACCACCUCCAACGACCUCGCCCGCUUCGGCCACUCCAUCCUCUCAUCAAAGCUGCUUUCCGCUUCCCAAACCCGCCGUUGGCUGCAGCCUAUCGCCGAUACCUCCAAUCUACGCAACGGCGUGGGUCGACCCUGGGAAGUCUACCACGCGGGGCAGUAUGCAAAUUCAUCGAUUCUGGAUGUGUACACCAAGACCGGCGCUAUCGGGCAAUACAGCAGCUAUUUCGGUCUCGUCCCGGACUUUAAUGCUGGGUUUGCUAUUCUGGCGCAUGAUACGGACGGGAUCGUCGAUUUGAAUGUGUACGCAGAUUUAGUGUCACUGGCUUUGCUGCAAUUGGAGGAGUUGGCUGCUAAGGAGAUGGCAGCACGGUAUGCGGGGACUUUCGUGGGGGAUGAUGAGGGGAGUCUCGUGGUGCUGAAUGUCACGGACGAGGGGCCAGGACUUGUGGUUACUGGCUUGGAGGUAAAUGGGAUUGAUCUCAGGGCUGAGGCUGCGGAUGCCGCUGGGAUUGACUUGGAAGACUUGGACUUCAGGCUUUAUCCGAGUAACGUGGCGAAGGACAACUUACAGCAGUUCAUGAGUGUCUUUCAGGAUAGAAGUGCGCCGGCGGAUAUGGGCACUCCGACCUGUAUCACAUGGAUGGACACUGGAUCGGUAGGGGCUGGUGCGGUGGAAAGAUUCAUAUUCGAAGUUGACGAAAGUGGCAUGGCGGUGGGUUUGAGGCUGUCAGGUAAGGAGGCGAGAUUUACUAGACAAGUCUAAUGUGCUUCUGUAGAGAGCAUAGGCAAAGUGUUUCACGUAGAAAGUCCAAUGCUAUGACCGCCAUAGAUAUCAUUUGUCGCUUUACAUUGCAACUAUUCACCACACAAGCCACGCACUUAGAAAACCAAAUCGUAAUUAGGUGAUAAAGUCAACAGCACAACAGAGUGAU